CCGGAUCGGGCUAAAAGCCGCGCAACUAUCGAGCCGCAGCGGCUGAAGCCCAACACGCACGAACGCACGCGCGAGGCACCCUCCUUCCCCGUAGCCUCACCCUUCCUCCAUCCCCCAGAUCGGACCGAAGAGGAGGCAGCGAGGCAGCAACCACCGCCACGCUAGAAGCUUCCAGAAGCGCCGCCCCUCGAGAGGGAGGGCCAGAGCAGGGGGGAGAUCCGGCGGCAGGGCAGGUCGGUCGGAGAUGGGAGUCCCGGCGUUCUACCGCUGGCUGGCGGACCGCUACCCGCUGACGGUGUCGGACGCGGAGGAGGAGGAGCCCGUGGAGCUCGAGCCCGGCGCCUUCGUCCCCAUCGAUCUCCGCCGCCCCAACCCCAACGGCCUCGAGUUCGACAACCUCUACCUCGACAUGAACGGCAUCAUCCACCCGUGCUUCCACCCCGAAGGCCGGCCCGCGCCCACCACCUACGACGAGGUCUUCAAGUCGAUUUUUGAUUACAUCGACCACCUCUUCGGCCUCGUCCGCCCCAGGAAGCUCCUCUACAUGGCCAUCGAUGGCGUUGCGCCGAGGGCGAAGAUAAACCAGCAGCGGUCGAGGCGGUUCCGGGCAGCGAAAGACGCGGCCGAUGCGGUAGCUGAGGAGGAGAGGCUGAGGAAGGAAUUUGAGGCCGAGGGGAGGACUUUGGUCGAGAAAGAGAAGUCGGAAGCAAUUGACUCAAAUGUCAUAACUCCUGGGACACAGUUCAUGUUUGUAUUAUCUACGGCGCUUCAGUACUACAUACAGUUGAGAUUGAAUCAUACACUUGGUUGGCAGUCUGUCAAGGUAAUAUUGUCUGAUUCCAAUGUCCCUGGGGAGGGAGAGCAUAAAAUUAUGUCAUACAUCCGUCUGCAGCGCAAUCUUCCAGGCUUUGAUCCAAAUACACGCCAUUGCUUAUAUGGCCUGGAUGCUGAUUUGAUUAUGCUUGCUCUGGCAACUCACGAGAUCCACUUCUCCAUUUUAAGAGAGGUGAUCUCCAUGCCAGGGCAACAAGAAAAAUGUUUUCUGUGCGGUCAAGUUGGGCAUUUGGCUGCUGAAUGCAGAGGCCCUAGUCAGGCUGAUAAUGCUGUGGAGCUACCUCCUAUUCAUAAAAAGAAGUACCAGUUUCUUAACAUCUGGGUGCUGCGUGAAUACCUGGCAAAGGAUUUGGAAAUUGUUGAUCCUCCCUUCAAGAUAAAUUUUGAACGCCUUGUGGAUGAUUUUGUGUUUAUCUGUUUCUUUGUUGGGAAUGACUUUCUGCCUCACAUGCCAACUUUGGAAAUUCGUGAGGGUGCCAUUAAUCUUCUCAUGAGUAUCUACAGGACGGAGUUCACAUCAAUGGGUGGUUACCUCACUGAUGGGGGUGAGGUUUUAUUGGACCGAGUGGAACAUUUCAUUCAGUCUGUUGCUGUCCACGAAGAACAAAUUUUCCAGAAGCGUGCACGUAUUCAACAGGCACGCGAGAACAAUGAAGAGAAGCAUAAAAUACAAAGAGAAAACUCUGAGGAUCAUCAAUAUGUAGACAAGGUAAAAUUAGGAGAGCCAGGAUACAGGGAGAGGUACUAUGCUGAGAAGUUCAAAGAAGAAGCACAAUCAAAACCCAUUGAUCAAGUUCGGAGAGAUGUUGUACAGAAAUUUGUAGAAGGUCUUUGCUGGGUUAUGAGAUACUACUAUCAAGGUGUUUGUUCAUGGCAAUGGUUCUAUCCUUAUCAUUAUGCGCCUUUUGCGUCUGACCUGAAUGGCUUGCCUGAAUUGGAGAUAACCUUUUUCUUGGGUCAACCUUUCAAGCCAUUUGAUCAACUAAUGGGAACACUACCAUCUGCAAGCUCCAAUGCACUGCCAAAGUACUAUGGAGAUCUUAUGAAUGAUCCGAAUUCACCGUUGAAGUUUUUCUACCCUAAAGAUUUUGAGAUAGACAUGAAUGGAAAACGUUUUGCAUGGCAGGGUGUUGCAAAAUUGCCUUUCAUUGAUGAAAGUCGUCUGCUUGCGGAGACAAGAAAACUUGAAGAUACAUUGACAGAAGAAGAGAAAUUCAGGAACAGAACAAUGUUUGACAUACUUUAUGUGCGGGAAAUUCAUCCAUUGGCUGCUCAGAUUGCCUUCAUGUAUCAGAUGUACUCUCAAUCAUCAAGAACAGAUCCUUAUGUUUUUCCCAUUGACCCUACUGCUAGUGGUGGAAUGAAUGGAUUCCUUUGUUUAUCUGAAAGGAACUGGUAUAGCAUCACUGUGGUGUCUCCAGUUAAGGGGUUUAAUGGCAUUGCCCAUAACAGAGUUUUGAACACGACCUAUCUGAAUCCUCAAUAUCAUAAACACAUCCCGGAGCCUCCAGAGGGGGCCAUCAUACCUGCAAAGAUACUGAAACCUAGUGAUUUCAAACCCUUUCCUGUGUUGUGGCAUGAAGAUAAUAGUCGUCGACAAGCAAGAGAAAGGCCUCAGGUUUUGGGAGCUCUGUCAGGUUCUCUCUUAGGAGAAGCUGCACACCGUCUGGUGAAAAAUUCCCUGCAGAUCAAAUCUGGCAGCUCUGCUGGGCUGCUUGAUAUGCCAUACAGGGUUGCACCCUAUGGCCCUGGCAGCAGACCAAGGCCUGCUGGACCAUUGGGAUAUGAGAGGGGUUUUGUGGAUAAUCCAUACCAUGCACACAUGUCCAGAAGCGUUCCAAACCCUCGCCCUCAGUUCUUUGGUGACGCUCAAGCUAACAGACAGCCAAUGCGGAUCCUGGAACGGUCGAACUGCCAAACCCAAGAUGCUGGUCUCCAUUCAUCAAUGUCAAAACUGACAGUCCAAGAAGGACCAAGGCCUCAUCAAAAUAACAGGAUGCCGAAUUCUGGAUAUUGGCCUAAUCAACCACAUCCUAAUCACUAUGCUGGAUUCCCACCCCAGCGGCCUAUGCAGAACACCAGUUUUUCACCGCAGCGUCCUGUCCAAGCUGCAGGUUUUCCACAGCAGCGACCUGUCCAAGCUGCAGGUUUUCAACAGCAGCGACCAGUAAAUGGGAUUCCACCACCGUUACCUCCCAGUAAUUGGAUUGGCAAGCAACCAAGUGGAGGCCACACUGGUGUAAAUGCAAAGCGGGAUCCGAGGGCAGCUUUGGAUAGACAGCCUAAGCAGGAUAAUCCGAGAUCGCAACAUGACAAGGGACAGCAGGCUACCAAGGUACAUGUUGUGACCUUUGCGGUGGCAGAGAAUGGGGACAGGGGUCUGUACAGGAGGAUUGUUGUGAGCUUCUCGUGGCGCAGGCAGAUGCCGCGACUUGCUCUCGCAGCUGGCCUCGAGGAUGAGAUGGAUGAUAUCAUUGAAGAACUCAUUACAAAGGGGCAUCAACUUGAUGCUGUGAACUUUGCUUAUGAGGCUGGUCUUCAGGAAAAAUUCCCCCCAGUCCCUCUCUUGAAAUCCUACCUGGAGGACUCAAAAAAGCCAUCAUCUCCUUCAGAUAACCUGAGUACUAGCACUGGACAAUCUGGGAUCAAUGCAAACAAGAAGGAGCAGUCUGCAGUGCGGGCUGUUAUAAAGUGUGUCGAGGACCGCAAACUCGAAGCUGAGUUCCCACUGGAGGAUCUUCGUAAGCAGAUGGAAGAAUUGGAGAGGGCUAAGACUGAGAAGAAAAAGGAAGCAUCAAGCAGUUCCAGCGGCGGUAGCUCUGGUCCAGCCAACAAGCGUAUACGUGCAAGCAAUGGAGGACCAAUGCCCCCUGCUAAGGCGGGUCGUCUCACUGAGUGCACUGGUGUAUCAUCUUCACCAACUAUUGCCAGUGCCACCACAUUCGAUUGCUCCCCAUCCUCUCAUGCUUCGUAUGGUAUAUCUUCUCCUUACUCUUACAAUAUGCAUGCUGGACACACCCUCUACUGUGGUCAGAGCGCGCAGCCAAUGAGGGAGCCGUAUGCAUAUCCACCAGAUGUAUCUAAUGUGGGCAUCGGGAUGUCGUACCCCUCCCCUCCCCUGAUCUACCCAGCCUAUAGCGGAUACAACAGCGCUUUGGGAGGUUACAACAAUGCAAUGGCUCCAGUAUUUCACCAAGUUUAUUACUGAUAUGGUCAGUUGAAGACGAUGGCGGCUCAUCGCAAUGGCACUGUUUUGUAGCGACUGACUACAAUGGUAGGCUGGGCGUGUCUUUACUGAUAGAUGCUUGUGCUAGUUUUAUAAAUUAGAUCUGUUUGUUUUGCACUAAAAACUUAAUGUAAAUUGUCGAUGUAGUGUGUUUGGAGUUCAAAUCCUAUGUUGCAAUUUGGUGAAAAAGCACUCUUAAGCAAAUGUUUGCGUGUAAUCCUCAGCCACAAGCACUCAACUUUGAAAUUAAUUAAUGUUAUAUUGUGAUGGAUGGUA